CCCCACCGCGGAUCAUGUACCAGGAUUAUCCCGGGAACUUUGACACCUCGUCCCGGGGCAGCAGCGGCUCUCCUGCGCACGCCGAGUCCUACUCCAGCGGCGGCGGUGGCCAGCAGGUAGGUGCGGGCCCCGGGUGCACCUGGCGGUGCUGGCGGACCCCCUAUCCUCCGCUCGCCGCUACUGCCUCUUUUGCUUUCUUUUCCAUUUCUUGGCUUGGCACGAAAAUUCCUCUGGGCCACCACUGUAAGUGCUGGGUUUUCGUCUUGUCCUGCCCAUCCCCUUCUCUGUUUAAACACUGGAGCGAGGAGUGGACUUGAAAGCCAACAAACCCUUUCCUUCACAUUACAUCUCAUCCAGACGAGCUCCUUGAGCACUAAGCCUGUUAUCUCCUCUCCCAGGAAUGCUCUGUCCCCUUUCCCUCUCCUUGGACCAAAAAAAAAAAAGGGGGGGGGGUGUCUUUGCACCCUCCUCUAUUCUCGAGGGAAAACCUUCUCUUUCUCCACCAGUCUUAGUUAAUUUCUGAAAGCCGUUGGGGACUCAAAACAUAGUUAGGCUCCUUCAAGUAAUUCGGAGUGAGGGUAAGAAUUGCUGCUCUGGGAAUCAGGUGGGAAGGUCUGAAAGGAGGUGGUCAGCCUUGAUUGGCUCCUGGUGGCCCCUGUGUGCCCUGCGCCCAUCCAUUUCCUGUGAGGGUCAGAGCAGGAGCCCGCACUGCCAUCAGAAGGGGUGCUUUGAAGGUUUGGAGGUACCUGGCACAAGGACGCCUACAGAGAGAAGUGGGGGAAAGAGACUUCGUUUAGGCUCCUGGGUGGUUCUGGAUGCAGAAAAACAACUUGCUUCUAAAGCAGCCAGACUGGUUUGCACUAGAGGGGUUGUGCCUGUGAUAUAUGUGUCUAUAAAUACCAGAAAGGUGCUGGUGGGGUGCCUGCAGCAGCCCCCCACCACUGCCCCCAGACUUAUGAGGGAGCUAGCUUAAAAGGUCACCACAACCUGAAGCCCGCUGGUUAGGACCUGGGGACUCUCCAGACAAGUUGGCUGCUGGAAGAGUUGCUCUGGUAAGGUGGUUGCCUUGGCCUCGACAAGCCAGCCAGCCGGCCAGCCAGCCAGGAGGGGCUGGGGUGGGCUUCCAGGGAGGGUGGACCCUGCUGGAGAAUAAAAUGGAAACACGGUUCCAAAGUGAUUCCCCAUACUUCGUGAGUCCCCAAAAUGGCUUUUCUGUGUCUUCCCUUAUCUCCCCAGGUGUCCUCAUAAGCAUCUACUGUAGAGAGCCCAGUCUAUGCAUGGAGGGUGCAGUCAGUGCACCCUUAAUGAUGAGCACUAAGGUGAUGAGUUUAAAAUCUUAUCGUAAAAGUGUUUGGUAUUGUUUGCGUUCCAGCCCUGCCAAUGGUUUGUAUUGAAUCCAAACAUCAUUAGGCAAGGGGUUGGAGUCAAUUAUAUCCCUCACUCUCCAAUUCAACAAAUCCCCAAAUGUCCCUCUCCUUCUCGAAUCAGGAAGGGAUCUUUUGAUUUCUUGUCUGUUCUUUGGUUGCUGUUUCUGUGGCAGUCAUCAUUGAAAUAUGACAAUUUUGCCGCUGCCUGGCUUUGCUCACACCCUGGGGCCUGGAUGGGAAGUCAGACCGGACAUCAGUGCCCCGAUUGAAUAAUCUGUGUCACUAGGGCUUUGAGCCCAGGAUGUAAGCAGAGGCAAUUCCCUGUUUUGGAAGAAAAUCAGACAGGAAACCAGUGCUAGGAAGAAGGAAGAGAACUCAGUCCAGCAGAGUGUAAUGGGGCCUCAUUACCGAAGCAAAAAGCAGCUGUUGGCUAAUUCCUAGCAUGCUGUAACACAUGAGGAUUUUGCAAUUAGUAAUAACUAGCGCAUGGGGUUCUUGAACAUACGCCUGCCCCUUGGCCCAGCAGCUUGAGUGAGGUGCCUUUCAAACCUGAGGGAUUGGCAAGAAAUUCCGGUUAGAUAUGCCUGGCUCAGGCAGUGCCUUCAUCCCCACCAUCAACGCCAUCACGACCAGCCAGGACCUGCAGUGGAUGGUGCAGCCCACUGUGAUCACCUCCAUGUCCAACCCGUACCCCCGCUCACACCCCUACAGCCCCCUGCCGGGCCUGGCCUCUGUCCCUGGGCACAUGGCCCUCCCGAGACCUGGCGUGAUCAAGACCAUCGGCACCACCGUGGGUCGCAGGAGGAGAGAUGAGCAGCUGUCCCCCGAAGAGGAGGAGAAGCGUCGAAUCCGGAGGGAAAGGAACAAGCUGGCCGCUGCCAAGUGUCGGAACCGACGUCGCGAGCUGACAGAGAAGCUGCAGGCGGAGACAGAGGAACUGGAGGAGGAGAAGUCGGGCCUGCAGAAGGAGAUCGCUGAGCUGCAGAAGGAGAAGGAGAAGCUGGAGUUCAUGUUGGUGGCCCAUGGGCCCGUGUGCAAGAUCAGCCCCGAGGAGCGCCGGUCGCCCCCGGCCUCGGGCCUGCAGCCCCUGCGCAGCGGGGGCGGCGGGGUGGGCGCCGUGGUGGUGAAACAGGAGCCCCUGGAGGAGGACAGCCCUUCGUCCUCGGCGGCGGGUCUGGACAAGGCCCAGCGCUCUGUCAUCAAGCCCAUCAGCAUUGCUGGGGGCUUCUAUGGGGAGGAGCCCCUGCACACCCCCAUUGUGGUGACCUCCACGCCUGCCAUCACUCCGGGCACCUCGAACCUCGUCUUCACCUAUCCCAGCGUCCUGGAGCAGGAGUCGCCCGCGUCGCCCUCCGAGUCCUGCUCCAAGGCUCACCGCAGGAGCAGUAGCAGUGGGGACCAGUCAUCAGACUCCUUGAACUCCCCCACCCUGCUGGCUCUGUAACCCGGCUGCCGGGGUUCCUCAUCACUGCCUCCUUCCCAGGGACCAGCACCUUCCCGCGCUCCAGGGUGCGAGGACCCAGGGGAUUCUGCCAGGGCCUCCUGGCCCUGGGGGGACCCGGGUGGCGUUUAGCAGAGGCCCUGGAGGACUGGGAUGAGCUCUUAGAAAUCGUGAAACCUCCUUCCUCGUCCGUCUUGCAAAGCAAAUCCUGUUUCUUGAAUGGCCUUGGAGAACUUCGUUUCACGGACCUGGGCAGCCCUGGGCAGGCCUCUGGCUUCUCAAGAGCCCGAAGCUGGUGUGGACCAUGUCUGUCCCUUUGUUAUGAAAUGUCUCUGGAGUGAUAGUGUCCCGCCCUGCCCCACCACGCAUGCUCGGUGCCGUUUGGUUUCAUCGUCCCUCUAUUCGACCUGUCCAUCCCCAGUGUCAAUUUCACUUCCUCUUGGUUUUUAUCAAAUUUGCCAUGACAUUUCAUCGGGGUGGUCUGACUAUUAAAACUCUUCAUGUCUGGACAUGGGCAGCAGGUGGCCCUUCUGCGGGGGCUGACUUGUCCAGAGGGGACAGUCGAUGUGCAAUACAGAACCUCCCUCCCCUGACACUCCCUGGUCCACUGCUGGCUCCAGAAGCACCGGGGGAGCUCGAGCUCUGGAGGAGACGCUGCCGCCGGAGGCUCCGAGGACCCUGCCUCCCCGCUGCAGAGAUGGCUCCUGGAGCAGUGGCUUGGCCAGAAGACAGGGCGUGAGUGAGACAGCCGGGCACAGGUUGUGUUUGCCAAACGCCUAAUUAACAGGCCAGGAACAGUGCCAACGAGCCACGGUGUCCCAGCCGGCUUCCCUUCACCUGGUGUCGAGCAGGACGUCUCCUGUAAUUACUGCCUCACCACUCUGCUCCUGGACCCUUCUCCAAACCCAGGAGCUGUCCCUCCCUCUGAACCACACACCACUCCAGGCCUGCUGGCUCCGCCCUCCCCGCCCUGGCUCUCAGGGUGACGCCACCCACAGAGAUUUAAUGAGCUUGGGCCCGGACCCUCCCAUCGCUGCCAGGUGGCCCUCCCCAGCUUCAAAGGCAGCUUUGCUGCGUGUGGAUGGGAAGACAGGGAGGAGGGAGGCCGUGCAGUGAGAUUCACCUCACACCAGCCCUGCUACCUGGCUGGCCUUGUCCCAGCUGCUCACCUCUCUGAAGUGCCCAUUGUCAUCUGAUGGAUCGAGUGCUUUCUCUUUAUACUCCCCAACCUCCUCGCCCCAGUGUGCUCUUCGGGUCCACCAGCCAGCCCAGAGCUGUGGCUGUGGCCUGCGGCUUGUGCACCAUCCUGGGGGCUGCUGGAGAGCUGUUUCCCUCCCACAGGUGGACGGUGGGGAAGGGCCCCUCCUGGCCCCAAAGAGCAUAGCUCGGCGUAGCUCAGCGUGGCCCCUGCCCCCUAACACUCUGAGCCUUUUUCUCCGCAAGGCUUGUCUCUGAUCUAGAAUUGGCCUCUGCUGGGCUAGUGGUCUGGGGGAGACCUGCUGUUAUAAUCAGUCCUAGAGAUUAUUGUGUGGUCACUUAAAACUACACCACUGUGGUGUAAGUCACACCCAGAGGGUAAAGGAGAGCGGUGAUGCUUAAAGCUCACCUGUUCCUUGCACACACCUGGGCCUCGGUGCUGGUCAUUGUUGAAUGUCUGUUACCUGCAGACACAGCAUAGGAUGACGUAUGCUUAAAAUACAUGGCCCACUAGGACUGGAAGUGACGUGUGGAAGGAGAGGAGAAUAAAAGAAGAAGAAUUUUGUCCAAAAGUACUUUAAACAUGUUUGUUUCAACAUUCCUUGGCUGGGAGGCUGCCCUCCGGUUUUCCAGAGGUUCUGGGAGAGGUGUGCCUGGUAAGAAGGGGCAGCUGGGUUUCCGACUUCGGAGCAGUCCAGGCAGAGGUCGGCCCCGAGUAGCCGGGGACGGGCAAGAGAGCGGGUGCUCCCCGCUCUGAAGGGCUUCGUCCUCUCAAGUGGUGGUUGUGGCCGAGUGGGAAUGUGUUGCUUCUCUUGCUCUCUUACGUGAAGCUGCUUUCUGGUGUUUCAUUUCUAAAAGUCCCUUUAUGCCCUAGUUUGCACAGCACUGACCCCAAGGCAGGUCACCCUUUGUGACUUGGGGCCAAGCUGGACAUUCCUGAGAUGAAGUUUGGCUUCAGUUCAGAUUUCAAGCUAUGUUGGCUUUGGGGCCAGCAGAAGGCAAAGCCCAGCCACCUCCCAGGACGUGAGAGGCCCCCAAGCUGCAUUCAGGACCCUCUGGCUUUGUUCUAGGAGUAGUUGGGAGGUUUGAGGAAGGCCGACUGUUACUCCUAAGGCGGUAGCACAGCCUCAGUUACUCCCUCUGGCUUGUUCUCCAAGUUUGCUCCAGAAUCACCAGACACUGGCCUGCUUCCUCCUCCGGCUCCGGCUGAGGGAACAGCUGCAAUGGGGCUUCGCACUGGGCUGGGAGCCUGUGCUUCCCCUGCGUCCCGGCCGCGAGGCGCUGGCGUGGACGCCAGCUGGGCUGCAGGCAGUUCAGGGACAGCGCAGGGCAAGCACUCCCUGACAAGCUAGUGUGAAACAGUCUCCUUGGCCACCUGGCUGGCCCUCUGGGAACAGCCCUCUUCCUGGCUGGGUGGAUGGGGACAGCUGCUGACACAGGAAGGAGAGGAGGUCCCAGGUGAAGCUUAGGAAGUGGCCAGAGCCAGCUCUCCGCAGAGAAGUCACUGGGGAGGUGUUCAGAAAGCAAGCCUUGUUCUGCCUGUGCGAAAGGCCAGGUGUGUCCACUGUGGCCAGUCACGUGGCGUCUCACAGCCAAGGGCCAUCAGAGGCUGCUGCUUCCCUGGCUCAGCUGCGGGGAAAGGAGCUGUCUCUGCUCCCACGCGGCUCCAAGGGUAAGGUGGGCUCCACUCCACACCGGGACUUCCCUACCCCGUCCUUGCUGGGCCAGCGGCGCUCCUCGCGAUCUCGCUGUUCAGCUUGCAGGUUGAUUUCCUUCCUGGUCAGAUAUCUGUGUGGCCCCUUUAAGAAGGAAAAGAGUAAGCACCUACUAUGUGCCAGGCACUGUGUUAGGCACUUUUAUAUAUGCCCUCUUCAGGGUGAGACUAAGGAAUGAGGGCAUGCCUGAUUUGAGGCCCCCGAGAAGCGGAUAAACAAAAACUUGGAGGUGAGAGGUCUUUUUAAAAAUCCAAGGCAAGAGUGUCUUCAGUCUGAGGUUUAUUCCCAAAGACUCGCCCCCUACGAUAAUAUCUUCCCACCUCUAAGUUUCUCUUCUCUCUACCCGGUGAUGUGCUCCUUGGCACUCCUCAGGGCUGGAGGGGUAACCUUACAGAAUUUGUGGACCAAUAGGAUAUGUAUAACUUGCUUUAAAAAAUGUAAGUAAAGGGGAUCUUGCUACUUUCUGCUUGUUGAGUCUUUCUGGCAUUCAUCUUAAAAGCCAGCAUCUCACUAUUUAUUUACAGGUUGGGGUGUAUGUGUGCGUGUGUGUGUAUGUGUGUGUGUAUGUGUGUGCGCGCGUUUCCAGGGGUACCCAUGACCUCCUGCAGCUUUUAUAAAGGAAACCCAGUCAUCCCACCACUAAUCUGACAUCGUCUCAGGCUUCUCGUGUUUUGGCUGAACAUCAACAAAAGGGUUUAAAUUUUCCAGCACUGACAGGUUCAGGAGGGGCUGGGUCAAAUUUUGAGGAGGGUAUGGGAAGGGGAGGGGGAGGCAAAAUGGACAUUUAUUUUAUUAUUUAUUUUAAAUGUUUACAUCUUUGUGUUGUACCAAGCCUGAAUAGAAACAGAUAGCAUUAAAGUACUCAGUUCCUCUCUCCCUCUUCCUCCCCUCUUUUUUAAAAAAUUAGGCGAACGAUGCUUUUGUUUGUUUGUUUCUAAAAUGAUGUGUGACCUGUGCUGUAUAAACUAUGAAACGGUUCUGUUCUUAAAGAUGGACAGUCAUUCUCUGGCAGCAUGUUCCCAAGAAGCCCACCGUGUGAGAACACGACAGAUCCCGCCCUGUCCUUAAAGCUCUUCUCUCUGAAUGAUUAAAAGUUUAUUCCAGUUC